GUUUAAAGAGAAACUUUAAAGUACUGUACAUCUUUGGUACAAAUACGUAUGUUUCUGAUGUCAAGUACGAGACCCAAUCAAUAAUACGUAUGGGUCGGAUGGGAUGAUCUUUACCUCUACCCAGCUUGAUUCCCAUCCUUGCUGACUAUCCUAGGUAAUCAUUCACGAAUUCAGAAAUCAAGUGUUUUUGAUCUUCUGUGUUGUUUCCUUCAAUGUAUUCACGUGCAUGAUCUCAAGAACUUUGACAUUUAGUCAUUCUUGACGGCCAUUCCCGUAAUUCUUUUCAAUUCUAAUUCGAUUCUUAAGCCAAUUCAUUAGUUCUGCAGAUACUUUAAUCUGAGCUGCUGAGAUCGAGUCCAUCCGGACCAGGGAAGAUACAAGGCUACCUUUGGAUUUGGAUUCGUUGAAUAUGGCUUUUGGAUCUAUUCCUGGGUUUCGAAAGCGAACGCCAGCAACGUCGUCUUCUCCUGACGCCAAUGCUCAUAAAGAGAGCCCCCAACCAAGUAUUGAAGAUCAAGCCACUUUGAAGAGAGGGACGAGAACACGACGAAAUGCCAUCAUAGUAUCAUGUUUCUGCUAUCUGGUCGCUGUGGUCUUCUUGGUAUUGGUCGAGAUAGGCAACACGAAAGGUACCCGAGUUUUAGGUGACAUCUACUUCUUCAAGCUUGAUCUUUCCGACAUUCUUCCUCAAGCGGUGCCGACCACCCUGAGUUUGCAAAACUCGAUUGCACGAACUCUCGGUCUCCACGAUUUCUACCAGGUCGGAUUAUGGAAUUUCUGCGAAGGAUAUGAUACUGAUGGAAUUACUCAUUGUUCGACUCCGACUACUCUUUAUUGGUUUAACCCGGUAGAUAUUCUACUGAGUGAAUUAUUCUCGGGAGCUUCAAUCGCGCUGCCUUCGGAAGUGAAUGAUAUCCUGACUAUUCUCCGCAUCGCAUCGAAUAUUAUGUUCGGGUUUUUCCUGACUGGCCUACUUUUGGAUUUAGUCUUGAUUUUCCUAUCUCCAAUCGUCUUAUAUUCGCGAUGGUGGAGUCUUCCUCUCAGCAUUUUGGCUUUCCUUGGAACGCUGUUGGUUCUAAUAGCAUCAGCCCUCGGCACGGCUAUGUCUCUAGUAUUCAAGUAUGCUUUGACGUCGCAGACUGAUCUCAAUGUGAACGCCGACGUUGGUACGAAAAUGUUUGCCUUCAUGUGGAUAGCGACCGGAUUCACUUUAAUCGCCUUCAUCAUCCACGCCGGGUUGGGUUGUUGUUGUACAUCACGCCGAGACAUACGUACCGGACGAAAGGGCGGCAAGAAACUCAACCAGACUCCCACAGCUGAGAAAAAAGAGAAGAAGGGCCUUAACUUACCUAAAUUUGGUAGGAAGACGGAAGCAUCAGGUUAGUGGUGAAAGCGACAGGUAAUCAGGAAGGAUAUCUCUAUGGUGGCUCCGAACAUAUGAUAAAUAUUUUGGAUGCACCAUUCAAUGGCUCAUAACUGCAGGUUAGAUACUAGUUUCGGAGGUUAAAUAAAAAUGCGUAUGUACGUGUCAAUGAGGUCGGCGACAUCUUCAGUGCUUGUACAAAUUAAUUAGAAGCUCAUCACAGUUCUAGAGAUUCAAUAAUCA